GCCCGGCGAGGGGUUGUAGGGGUGUAAGGAGCGGGGGAGCUCUCUAAUAAGUGGCCGUUUCAGACAUGUGAAUCUACAAGAAAAUUCAGUUUCACGCGGUCCUGAAAGGGGAGGACACGUACGGGAUGAUAUCGUUAAAGUAAAUCCCGUUUAUUGCUGCCAAAUACUGGGAAGUACUGAUUCAAUAUUCAAAUAGUUUUCCAUAUUCCCCAUGUCGUGCCCAAAACAUUUGUUGGUGUUCACCAUGAUUUCUUUUUACAUCGGUGUCUCAACAUUGGGAGUCACGCUAAGCAAGCCGUGCGCAGCCGAAACUCCAUGUCCAGAUGGCCGAGUGUGUCCCCCACUUUGGCUCUGUUGCGAAGACGAAUGCUGCGCGCCUUCCUCUGAAAACCCUCUCUUUGUGCCUGGAGAUCCUUUGAAAGACGUUUUCUCAAGCUCCUGGUACUCGCAAUGGCCGGUGCUGUUUCUCUUGGGGACACUAGCCGGGAUAUUGAUAUGCUGUAUAUGGUGCCUUGUGUAUCGACGUCCAAGCGGCAUCUACAUGUGUUCCUUCGCCUGCUGCAUACCGCGGAACAGAUCAGACCAAGACUCAGCUGGCUCAGUAUACCCACCUCCCCGGUAUAGCCGAUGCGGGUCUAUACACCAGGCGCCGCCACCAUAUUCUGAAGUCACAUCGAAACCAGACCUCUACCCACUCGUUAUCACGUGUGGAGAAGGAGAUGGUAAAGCUGGAGGGAGCUACCUUAUGGUGCAUUAUUUUAGGAACUAUGUCAUACGUGCUCCAGGUUCGCUCUCGGCAACGAGUACUGCAGAUUCUCUUAAUUCUAGUUUCAUAUGCAAUGCAGCCAAUGAGGCCAAUUCUGUUAUACCGCCCCCGUAUUCCUGCGCCAGCAACUACGGGUGCGGCCGUUCUAUUUUGCGUUCGCUUUCUUCGCUCACAGAACCACGGAACACGCGGCGCGACCAGACUUUCCAAGAAAGUCUUAUUACGUCGCCGGACCCGAACUAUGACUUAGACUUGGAGCUCAUCGAUUGUGAUCUCUAUUGCGAUGGAGGUUGCAAACCACGUCUCGGCUCUUCACCGCCGCCACGUCGCACUUCUCCAAACGCUGAUGACUCUUACUGUGAACGUGCUGCAUACUUGCGUCAUCUCUUCCUCACCUCCCCUGAUACGCCAGGAGGAUGUGAAUCACCCCCACAACCAACUAGUCCAACACAAUCCAGGGAAUCAACCCUUCGAAGACAAAUCGAUGAAAGGUGUCAAAGGCGACACGAUUUGUUCAGAAAAACACAAAAAACAAGAAAAUCGAGCUUAUAUAUCCCACUAACUAAAAUUCCUCCAGGCACAAGAAAAUUGUUAACAAGAUCAGCCCCAGCUACACCGAGUGGAGCUCUGGUACCUAAUUUACUGAAUUUCACGCAACGUGUGUCAGCGUCGAGACACAGCUCGAGAUCGUCUAGAUUGGAAGAGGAAAAUGAUCCCUUACUAGCCGAUGGGGAACCCGCCAAUAUGGAUCAUAAGUUUUAGCAAUGCCAAAUUAUGAACUGAGUCUAACCGUGAACAUUUCGCAAUAGAUGUUUCUAACUGUGACUUAUCGGCCUAAUCUGAAAAUCCCCCAGCAAUAAUUAAUGUCAUGUGAUGAUCACCUAAGUCAAUGUUGUGAUUGUAUAUUACAUGCUCACCUCGCGAAUGAUCGCGAAGUAGGUAGUUAGUUAAAUGUUAUUCAAUUAUAUUACUUAGAUUUAAGGAAACGAGUUUGUUGGACCAUUGUUCACUUGCUCUCUUUUAUUAUAAUAAAAGUCAAUUUAUGCCAC